AUGGCAAAGUAUAUCCACUGGGGAGCGACCACACAAGAUAUCCAAGACGAUGCUUCCAUGCUUCAGAUUAAGCGCGGUGUCAGUCUGGUAAAAAGAGAGCUCGAGAUACUGAAGGGGGUUCUGAAGGGUCUUGCAGCUACCCAUCGUGACACUCCAAUGGCAGGCCGGACGCAUUUACAGCAUGCUUUACCUUGCACGUUCGGAUACAAAUGUGCAGUAUACCUCUCUAGCAUUCUCCGACACCUGGAACGUAUCGAGGAGACCGAGCAGCGGUGUCUUCUUGUCCAGUUCGGCGGUGCUGCGGGCACAAUCGCUGCAUUGGGCGCAGAUGAUACAGGGCUCCGGGUUCGUGAACAGCUUGCCGUUGAGCUUGGGCUGAAGAAUCCAGAUAUCACUUGGCAUGUUGCGCGGGACAACAUAGCGGAGAUCCUCAACUUCCUGGCUCUGGUGGGUGGCACAUUGGGGAAGAUUGCAUUGGACGUGAUGAUCAUGUCUUCCAAUAAGUUCGACGAGGUCUCGGAGCCCUUCGUCCCUCACAGAGGUGCUUCGUCCACGAUGCCACAGAAGCGUAAUCCUAUCUCCAGUGAGGUGAUUCUGGCUGCGUCGAAGAUGCUGCGUGCCAAUGCGUCUCUAGGAUUAGAUGCAAUGGUUACCGACUUUGAGCGUGCCUCUGGACCGUGGCACUUGGAAUGGGUGGCUAUUCCUGAUGCUUUCGUGACUGCGGUGGGUGCUUUGCACCAGACGAAUUUCGCUCUCGGGGGAUUGGUGGUUAAGGUUGACUCGAUGAAACGCAAUCUGUACUCCACCAAGGGGUUGAUUGUCGGUGAGGCUGUGAUGAUGGGACUGGCACCGCAUUUGGGGCGACAAGGCGCUCAUGACCUCGUUUAUGAGGCUUGCAAGUCUGCUAUCGAACAAAAUCGGAGUCUGCUUGAGGUUCUUGAGGAGAUUCCUUCUUUGGCUGGAAUUGCGACGCCGGAAGAGUUAGCUGCUCUCUGCGAUCCGCUGAAAUAUAUGGGAGCUAGCCAGUUGAUGGUUGAUAGUAUGCAAUCGCUUAAUGACCGCUUGAGUAACUGCUUUAGUGACUAG